UUUGUUGGUUCUUAUUCUAGGUGAGGAGAAUUACCGGAUGUGUUGUGUCCUCUUCUUUAAUCUAGUUGGGAAUUUCUCUUGAAAUUGCUUGCUUGAAAGUUGGCAAUGGAUUAGAUUGAUGUACAAUGCAGAGAUCACGUAAAGCUUUUCUGCAGAGAAGAGCUUUAGAGAAGGCUGCUGGCGGAAGAAGCCAUUUGUAUAAUGUGUCGCUGUCCUUGGUUUUUAUUUUAUGGGGGCUAGUAUUCCUCUUCAGCUUAUGGAUCAGCCGUGGUCAUGGUUUCAGAGAUGGACCUGAAGAGCUUCCUGCUGGGGAAUCAAAUUGUAGCGAAGAAAACCACAAAAAUGGUGAAAAGUCCAGGUCUAUAAUUGAAUAUUUGAUUAAAGAGACAAAUGCUUACCAUCCUUUUGACGCUAUCUGCUUGGGUGGCACUAAGAAUGAUGCCCUUAGUAAUGAUUCACUCCCUGCUGAUGAAAGCAAAAAAUAUGCUUCGCCUGAUGAGAAAGAAAAGUUUGCAUCUCCUGCCAGAGAGCACCUUGGAGUUGAUAUCUCUGAAAAACAAGAAAAUAAUUUGUCAAAAGCUGAUCAACUUUCUCAGGCUGUGCCUCUUGGUCUCGAUGAAUUUAAAAGCAAGGCAUUUAGUUCUAAAACCGCAUCUGGUACAGGUCCAGCGGGGAGUGUAAUACAUAGAGUUGAGCCUGAUGGUACAGAAUACAAUUACGCAUCAGCAUCUAAGGGGGCAAAAGUUUUGGCUUCUAACAAAGAAUCCAAAGGAGCAUCUAAUAUUUUAGGAAAGGACAAAGACAAAUAUCUUCGAAAUCCAUGUUCUGCAGAAGAAAAAUUUGUCAUUAUAGAGCUUUCAGAAGAAACCUUAGUAGAUACAAUUAAAAUUGCCAAUUUUGAGCACCAUUCUUCGAAUUUAAAAGAGUUUGAUCUCCAUGCCAGUUUGGUCUAUCCAACUGAUGCUUGGAUUAAACUUGGGAAUUUUACUGCAUCAAAUGUGAAGCAAACUCAGACUUUUGUUCUUUCUGAGCCAAAAUGGGUGAGAUAUCUCAAGUUAAAUCUUCUAAGCCAUUAUGGAUCAGAAUUUUAUUGCACGCUGAGCGUAAUAGAAGUUUAUGGUGUGGAUGCUGUUGAGAGAAUGCUGGAAGAUUUAAUAUAUAAGCCAGAUAGUCCAUUUGCACCUGCAGAGAGCAAUGGUGAAAAGAGAGCAGCAUCACUUCAUCCAAACCCUGCUGAGGGAGAAGAGGUGCAACGAAAUACGAUCAGAGGGAUGAAUUCUGAACCUGAUACAGAAAUCUCUUCUGUGAACAAUGAAGCUGUAAAUAGUAAUGUGCCUGAUCCAGCUGAAGAAAUACGCCAACAAGUUGGCAGGAUGCCUGGGGAUACUGUUCUCAAGAUUCUGAUGCAGAAAGUCCGUUCUCUAGAUUUAAAUUUGUCUGUUUUGGAGCGAUAUUUGGGGGAAUUAAAUUCUAGAUAUGCCAAUAUUUUCAAAGAGUACGGCAAAGACAUGGGGGAAAACAUAAUAUUACAGAAGAUUAAAGAAGAUAUUAGAAGUCUCCUUGACCAACAGGAUGCUAUCACCAAGGAAGCCAGGGAUCUGCAACGAUGGAAGUCCCAGUUUUCUAUGCAGUUGGGUCAUCUUGCUAAGGACAAUGCAGUUCUGAGAGCUGAGGUUGAAAAGGUCCGGGAGAAUCAGAGGUUUUUGGAGAACAAGGGUUUAGUUGUGUUUUUUGUGUCCUCUACAUUUUUGCUAAUAGCUAUAGUGCGGCUAUCUGUGGAUAUAACAGUGAGCGUGUAUAGAAUAGUGAUGAGUGUUGAUAGAACAGGUAAAUCUGGGAAAUUUUGUGCGACUAGCUCUUCCUGGUUUUUACUUUUAUUGAGUUGUAGCAUUAUUGUUUUCAUAUUAACUUCAUAAUAAUUUAAUUUCAAGAUUUUGUGGCCAGAUUUUGAAUUUCUU